AUGAGUUCAGUCGUAGGAGGAAAACCCAAAUUCGAACUGCCGCAAAGCUCUCGAGAACCCCUAGCAUCCCUCCACAGCACGGUAUACUUUGAUGAGAAUGACUUUGAAGAUGACGAUAAAUUUGAUUUCAGCGCUCCCAUUCUUCCGCCAUCUACGAAUGAGCAGCCUUUAAAAGCCUCCGUCGCCGUGUCUGACAACAAAGCCAAGGCACGCCGUGUUUCUGAAGAUGCCCACGUUGCUCGAGAAGCCGCCCCGCCUAGCAGCGUUCCUUUGCCAUGGUCUUCUUCGCCCCCUGCACAUUUUCAGCCACCCAAGAAACGUACACUGCCUUGGCUGGAAAAGGAGCCUGCAGCCCCACGGAUCGAAGAGAAAAAUGUCAAAACUCCAGUCGCAAAGCCGACAUCGUAUGCUUGGGAUAAAACAUUAAGUGCUGUAAAGGAAGAGCAAAAGGAACUUCGAAAGCAACAAAAACUUCGAGCUGCCAUUGAAAAGCAAGCACUGGGACUACCAAAACCUACAUCACGAGUUGCUUCCAUUUUCCUUAGUGAGGAGCAAAAAAAGUUGCGGCAAAAGUAUAAGAAAGAGCCGGAUAGAGUGGCUGUGACCGCGUCAACCGGGCUAGCGGCCUGUAAUAUCGAAGGCGUCACGCUGCAUAGCUUUGCUGGCGUUGGAUUGGGGAAAGAAGAUGCUACUGGACUUGUCAAACGUAACCAAAAGGCCCGGAAUCGGUGGCUACGGACAAAGGUCCUUGUCAUUGAUGAAAUAUCAAUGGUGGAUGGUGAAUUCUUUGACAAGCUAGAGGAAGUGGCCCGAAAAAUUAGGAACAACGGACGACCGUUCGGUGGCAUUCAACUGGUCGUCACUGGAGACUUUUUCCAACUGCCACCGGUCCCUGACUCUAACAGAGAAGCAAGAUUUGCAUUCGGCGCAAAUACGUGGAAUACACAAAAGGAUCCCGAAUUUGCCUCGAUGCUAAACGAGCUGCGCCUUGGGCAAGUCAGCCAAAGUACGAUCGAUACAUUUAGACAAUUAUCUCGACCCCUCAAUUUUGAAGACGAUGUCGAGGCAACCGAGUUAUUUCCAACCAGGCAAGAGGUGGAUCAAGCCAACUCUGCUCGAAUGAAUCGCCUUUCAGGCGACACUAUACCUUUUCAUGCUGUGGAUUCAGGAACCAUUCAAGAUGUACAAAUGAGGGACAGGCUGUUGUCUAAUUGUAUGGCACCUCCUGUAAUCCAUCUCAAGAAAGGCGCCCAGGUCAUGCUCAUCAAAAAUAUGGACGAGUCGCUGGUAAACGGGUCCCUGGGCAAGAUUGUUGCGUUCAUGGACGACAUGACCUAUGAUCAUUAUACAAGGCACGAAGAGUCGUAUCACGAUGCCGAUCACGGCCAUGAAGACGAUGAGCCAAGCCGGGCGCGAAAGAAGAUCAAGUCGAUGGCCUAUGACCCGAAAAACCUUGGCACUACGACCGCUAGGUUGUGGCCGCUAGUGUCUUUUGUUUUGCCGGAUGGCACCGAACGUCAACUUCUCUGUAGGCCGGAGACCUGGAAAAUUGAAUUGCCAAACGGUGAAGUUCAAGCUCAGCGAGCACAGGUGCCAUUGAUCUUGGCUUGGGCCUUGUCCAUUCAUAAAGCCCAGGGCCAAACACUUCAACGAGUUAAAGUUGACCUUGGGCGGGUUUUCGAGAAGGGCCAGGCAUAUGUUGCACUGAGCCGAGCCACUUCAACUGCUGGACUUCAGGUUACGCGCUUCGAGUCCAAGAAGGUCAUGGUUCACACGAAAGUCAAGGAGUUUUAUGGAAACCUAUCUACUGCCAAUGAUGCCAGCGCUUCCAAAAGCAAAAGCAAGAAACUGACAGCCACAAAGAGUGAUGCUGGCAUCCCCGGUUUGGAUAACCACAUCUACUACGUUUGGAUAAAAUAUAUCAUUCCCUGCACGGCAUCCGUAUUCUGUGUGAUAUCUCUCUUCGAGUUGAAGCACUUCCCAGUCAUCCAGCUUAUACAGUUCGCGUCUGGUUACGACAAGGAGCUACCCCUGGCGGGGAUGAUUCUCUGCUGUACCUCCAUCCUUCCUGAGCAACGGGUAAGGAGUAGCCGUCAAUUCGAAAUAUUCGCUUUACGUGUGCUAAUCCUUUGCUUGCGUUCAAAGUCACAUUUGGCUGCAAUUGCAGCUCAGAUGGGCGCCACUCACAACUAUGACCUUACCUCCGAUGUUACCCAUUUAAUUGUCGGCGAUACGAAUACUUCCAAGUAUAAAUAUGUGGCUCAGCAACGGAGUGACGUCAAGGUGGUCACAGCGGAGUGGGUAGAAGCUGUUCGAGCAUCGUGGCUGUUAGGCGGGGAUACGGACAUCCGGGCGCUGGAGGAGGAGCACAGGCUACCAACGUUUGUCGGAUUAACGAUAUGCAUUACUGGCUUUGACGACCCGUCACACAUCUCAUUGCGUCUUCCCGGAGAUAGCCAGAAAUAUAAAUAUGCAAUGAUGUGGAACAUCAAGGUAGUGAGCCUCCGGUGGCUGGAGGAUAGCUUAGAAAGGGGGAUGAUACUGGACGAGAGCCUCUACGAUCCAUUACUGCCCCUAGAGCAGCAAGGUAUUGGUGCAUGGAAUCGCGCGGCCCCAAUUCAAGUGGAAAAGCGACCGAAAGCUUCAGAAAUUACUUUCCAGCGCCCUCGCAAACUUCGGAGAGUCGCUAGCGUAAAACUAGGAGACCAAAACGAAGGGAUAUGGACAGACAUUAUGGGUAGUAAUUCUGCUGGCCUGAGUGAAAACGAGCUUCUCGACGACCUGGCCGAUGCAACGCCGAAACCUCGAUUGCAGACAAGCAUUCAAGCGACGAGGUCUUUUGCAAGCGAAACGACUUUCGGUGAGCCUAGAGAUAGCAUAACCCAUGGUAUGUCUGUGGCACAAGCGCAAACUGUAGAAAUCCCACGCGGAAUUUGGUACAAAACCAAAUUCUUUAUAUCUGGAUUUACUACAAAGCAGAACCAAAUCUUGAAGAACCACAUUCUCGCUCGCGAUGGCGAAGUUGCUGCUUCCAUCGAGCACCUUUUGGCGAAUGACGCGGAAGUGGAUAGCAAACAGUACAUACUCGUACCCUACAGUUUACCGCAGUCGGAUAUCCCAUCUACUGCCGACUCGGAAGAUGAGGUUGAGAUUGUUACAGAUAUGUGGAUUGAAAAAUGUCUACAUACAUUCCAGGAAUUGAGUAUAUGCUCCACAGGUUUUACCGGUAUCGACCUCUUGCAUCUAUCUAAACUCGUCACUCUCCUAGGCGCAAAGUACGAUGAAUACCUGACCCCAAAAGCGUCAGUGUUGAUUUGCAAUUCAGCCAGCCCUAACGCCGAAAAGUUAAGACAUGUUCGCCAGUGGAAUAUCCCGGCGGUGCUUGCUGAUUGGCUUUGGAUCUCUGUUCAAACAGGUGACAUAAAGCCUUUCGAACCUUAUGUAAUACCUAGCCGGCGAUCAUCAAGUAUUGAUAUCGGGACUUCUGGGGGCGAACACAGGGGCUCGAAAUUGGGCAGGCAAAUGGAGCCGGAAAGUUCAGAGAAAGUUUCACAACAGUUGUUAAAAAGCCAGGCUGGGUAUGGUGGCGGGCCCGAUGAGGAUCAUAGUCCACUUGAAGCUGGCCCGGAAACGAACUCUCGUGCUUCGCCUACUAAAUCUCCAUCACAUUCCCCCGAUCUAGCGCCUCCAAAAACUGACAGCAAGGAAGACAAACCGACAACUUCUUCAAACUCUCUAGACUUCGCCAUUAGUGAACUUUUAAGGCAGAAACGGAGUCGUUCCAAGCAGCCCAGCUUGUCUGACCAAGCUGCUGGUAGCAACGCCCCGCCCCAGCGGCGCAAACGGCUAUUUGGCCGCGCAAUUUCCAAUUCAUCGCUGAGCGGGCCAAUGGGGAUGUCUCGUGCAUCUUCUAUAGAUACAGUGAAUGAGGACGGCUAUGGUAGUGUUGUGGAUAGCCUCAAUAGCCCUUCUGCGAAAGGACUUAGCAAAGCGCCGAGCUUUGUAUCGUUUCCACCACGCGUAGCAGCGGCAAAGGGCAAUGCUAACCCGACUGAAGCUCAGCAGUUGUUGGAAAAUAGGUUGCAUUUGUUCCGCAACGGGCUUGCGCGCCACGAAUCAGAGAGGACGGAGAUGGAAGAUGAAGAAACGCCGCCAAUGACACAGUUGGGUUACGAGGAUCCUGACGCUGUGGCGAUGCGAGAAAAGGUUAUUCAGAGGGCAAGGGAGAAGAAUGCCACUGAGGGAGAUAUAAGGGAUGAAAACCAGAAAGGCGAAAGGAAAAGCAGAGGUGGUACUUUAGUUAUUGGACAGUUACAAGACAGUGAACAGUUUGCUGGAUGGGGUAGCGGGAGGCGUACGAGGUCGAGAAAGGCGCCUAAUAUCGAGGAAGAUAUAUAA